AUUUCGUUUCCAGAAUUUAACGAAUCUACGAGGGGAGAUUCAUCGGAAGAUCAUAAAUAACAAUCUUUAAAAAAAAAUAUUUCAGCAGAAUUAGUUAUAUUGGCCUCUGUCUUGGCUUAGAAACCAAGGCAGAGAGAACCUUGUCUGAGGUGCUCAUUGUGUAUCAAGCUAUUCAUUUAAGUAUCUGCCAUGGCAUUUCAGGAUUUUGAUCUUAUAGCCGAACGACGUAAAAUUGACCAACAGAGAAAAUUUAGAAAGCACAUUAUAAUCGGCCUAGUUUUCUGUAUUUUGGUAAUAGGUGCUGUCAUUACAGUUGUUGUUGUUACCGGAAAAAGUAGAGGAAAUGAUGGUAACGAUCAUGAUACGAAUGCCAAACAUUCCAAGAAGAGUGCAGACGACGAGCCUAAACCAGACGAUAAGCCUAAACCAGAACCAAAGCCAGAACCAGAAAAUAAGCCAAAACCAGAGGAUAAGGCUCCUGAUGACAAACCAGCCAAACAGGCAGAUGAAAACAAGGAUAAAACAGAAGUAAAUGUAUCAUCGAAGAUGGUGACAACUAUGUGUGCUUCGACAGAUUUUAAGGCAACCUGCGAGGGCAGCCUAGGAAAGUUUGUUCAGGAUAACCCCUCGGAGACAACUCAACCAAAGGAUCUGUUCAAGGCUGCAAUCUCUGUUGUCUCGAGUGAGCUUGACAGAUCCAUGAAGGAUCCGUCAAAAUUUAAAUUAGACACGCCUGAAAAGAAAGAAGCAUUUGACAUUUGUACAAAAGUUGUUCAUGAUGCUGUAAACGAAUUAAAUAUCUCUUCUAACACGGUGGGUGAAAAAGACAUAGGCGCGCUUGAUUCCCAGAGAGGCGAACUGAACAAUUGGUUGAGCGCGGUCAUGUCUUAUCAGCAAACCUGCAUUGAUGCUAUACCAGAAGGGGAAAGCAAGGAGGAAAUAAAAAAGGCCUUGAAGACUUCAACAGAGCUUACUAGCAAUUCCCUUGCCAUUGUCUCCCAAAUGUCAUCCAUUCUUUCGUCUUUUCAGAUGCCUAAACGCCUUCUAAGGUCAGAUUCUAGGAAGCGUUCUUUGGUAGAAGAGAAAUUUCCUUCAUGGUUGAGCGUUUCAGAGAGGAAAUUACUCAAGAUUGAACCUCCGAAGCAGAAGCCUGAUGUUACAGUGGCAAAAGAUGGCAGCGGAGAUUAUAACACCAUCAAUGAUGCAUUGGCUAAGUUGCCUCAAAACCGUCAAGGAAGGUAUGUUAUUUUUAUCAAGGAAGGAGUAUACGAAGAGAAUGUUGUACUAACUAAAGAGAUGGUAAACAUCACAAUGUUUGGUGAUGGAUCCCUGAAGACUAUUAUUAGUGGAAGCAAGAAUAAUGUUGAUGGAGUUCCAACCUUCAAAACGGCGACAUUUGCGGCUGAGGGGGACGGGUUCAUGGCUCAAUCUAUUGGGUUUGAAAAUACUGCUGGACCGGAAAAGCAUCAAGCAGUGGCUCUCAGAGUCCAAUCAGACCGCUCAAUAUUCCUGAAUUGUCAUAUGGACGGGUACCAGGACACACUAUAUGUGCAAGCCCAUCGACAAUUCUACCGUGGAUGUUACAUUGCAGGCACAGUGGAUUUCAUAUUUGGUGAUGCAGCUGCCACCCUUCAGAAUUGUCUAAUCUACGUUAAGAAACCUAUGGACGGACAAAAGAACAUUGUAACUGCACAGGGAAGGUCCGACAAACGUGAAACCACUGGAAUUGUAAUACAUAACUGUCAAAUAAUGGCUGAUGAUGAACUGAAACCUGUCAAGGCAGACUUCAAGAGUUACCUUGGCAGGCCCUGGAAAGAAUUUUCAAGAACAAUUAUUAUGGAAACGGAGAUCGAUGAUGUCAUUGAUCCUGAAGGAUGGUUGGCUUGGGAUGGAGAUUUCGCGCUAAGCACAUUGUUUUAUGCAGAAUACAACAACAAAGGACCAGGAUCUGAUACAAAUAGCAGAGUAAAGUGGCCUGGUUUUCAGGUGAUUAACAAAGAUGAGGCCGUUAAAUAUACAGUAGGUCCAUUUCUACAAGGCGAUAGCUGGUUAAAGGGUGACGUGGGUACUCCUGUACAUUUCGACUUGUUCAACCAAAAUUAGUCAGGAUUUAGUCAUGUCUGAUCAAUUUCUCCAUGUAAAUAUAUGAUGCACCACAUGUACACUUGGAAACUAGGAGCGCGCUCGUGUGUCACUAGGGCAUGGACCUCCCUAUCAUUUUUGUGAAAAUCAGAUGCUUAAGUUUUCUGUUC